UGUAACAGCUACUUCGAACUUCAUCUCCCAGGUGGCAUUGCGAGCGAGUCUGUGUCUAGGUGUCUAGCAACAGCUAUCAGCCCAGACGCCGGCGGCAACGGGAGCGGUAUUUCUCGCUGUGUCUUUCCACGAUUAUCCGCUGUCGGGUAUUCGUAAUAAAUAGUCGCGUAGCUGAAAAUAGUGAAAAAAUAACCCUGACCCCUGCACAGAGAUAUGAGCGGCAGCGGGCGGCCCAGGACCAGCUCGUUUGCUGAGCCGCCAGGUGUGCCAGGAACCGCCGCUGUGUCCAGCGGAUCAGCCGCUGCCGUGGGGAGCAGCACAGGAAAGUCCGGGGUCCCGCAGGCCUCCGGCAGCAGCUCAUCGGGAUGCUCGAACCUUAAGCUUACCAGAGACAGUGGGAAAGUGACGACGGUUGUGGCCACGCCAGGCCAGGGACCGGACCGCCCACAGGAAGUAUCUUACACUGACAUCAAGGUGAUUGGCAAUGGGUCGUUUGGUGUGGUGUACCAAGCUCGCCUCAUCGACAGCCAAGAGAUGGUGGCAAUUAAGAAGGUUCUGCAGGAUAAGAGGUUCAAGAAUCGGGAGCUACAGAUCAUGAGGAAGUUGGAUCACUGCAAUAUUGUCAGACUUCGUUAUUUCUUCUACUCCAGUGGUGAGAAGAAGGAUGAAGUUUAUCUCAACCUGGUGCUGGACUUUGUCCCUGAGACGGUCUACAGGGUUGCCAGGCAUUUUAACAAGGCCAAGAGCAUCAUUCCUAUCAUAUACGUCAAGGUGUACAUGUACCAGUUGUUUCGCAGUCUGGCUUAUAUCCAUUCCCAGGGCGUGUGUCACCGAGACAUCAAGCCCCAAAACCUGCUCGUCGACCCAGAAACCGCCAUCCUCAAGCUGUGUGACUUUGGCAGCGCCAAGCAGCUGGUCCGCGGAGAACCAAAUGUGUCGUAUAUCUGCUCUCGGUAUUAUCGCGCCCCGGAGCUCAUUUUUGGUGCCACAGACUACACAGCAAACAUUGACAUCUGGUCAGCGGGCUGCGUGCUGGCUGAGCUGCUGCUCGGGCAGCCCAUAUUCCCCGGAGACAGUGGGGUCGAUCAGCUAGUGGAGAUUAUCAAGGUACUUGGAACCCCAACAAGGGAACAAAUCCGAGAGAUGAACCCAAACUACACAGAAUUCAAGUUCCCUCAGAUCAAAGCCCAUCCAUGGACCAAGGUGUUUAAACCUCGCACCCCUCCGGAAGCCAUCACUCUCUGCUCCCGGCUGCUGGAGUACACGCCGGCGUCGCGGUUCUCCCCGCUCGAGGCCUGUUCACACGCCUUCUUCGACGAGCUGCGUCAGCCCAACACGCGACUGCCCAGCGGCCGAGAGCUGCCCAUGCUCUUCAACUUCAGCCCCACAGAGCUGUCAAUCCAGCCCCAGCUGAACUCGACCCUCAUCCCGCCUCACGCUCGUUCUCACGCAGCUGCUUCCACCCACGAUGGCACCGGUUCAGAUUCAUCUCAGCACAGUUCGGUACCAGGAUCUCUGAACAGCAUCUGAAGCAGCCUCUUACCUGCCUGCCUGUCUGCCUCACCUUUACCUCAGACACACACACACACACACACACUCUCUCUCUCUCUCUCUACUGCUUCCUCCAUGCUGCUUGCUCUCCUCUUAGAUGAUCUGUUUUUGUACAGUAACUGCAUUGAUCAAACAAACAAAAGUUCCUCAGCUGCCAGGGUUGAAACUACAGCAGGCGAUUGUUAUAUACACACACACACACACACACGCACAGUCAGCUGCUCGGGUCGUGUGUGAAGGUUCAAAGUGGGGGCUGGUCCUCUGUAAUAUAACCUUUUUUUAAUCAAUUUUUUUUCUUUUUUCUUCUUUAUAUUUGUGUUUAUUUAUUUGAUUGAAAACAUCACGUGAUCACACAUUUUAUCUCUAUAGAGUUUUUUUCUUCCGCCUCAGAUUAUUUUUUUAUAUUCUUCAGUGUUUUUGCAUCCCUGUUAGUAAGGGGUGACUUGUUCACUGCCUGACCAGGACCAGAGCUGGUCCUGCACAGGUCAUCGGGUUAAUUUUAUUCUUCUCAGGGCGGCAGAGCGUAAGCUGGGACCGAUAAAUUAAAUCCUCCAGCCACAUUAAUGUGACAGUCCAGGCUGCUGUUUCUAAAUGAAACAUUAAAGUGAGUCUUGGUAAUUCACCUGCUUCAGCGGCAGGCAGAGUGUAGAAACUCAUCAGUACCAAGUAGCAGUUAUCCCUGUGUGGUUGGAGGUGUAUUAGAUCACCCCUCACAUGAGUCACGUCCAGUGGCUGCAUUGUGACACACUGGACUGGAAAUGACCACCGCGUCUCGUUUGUCUCCUGUUCCAGAGAGAUUUGCCUGGUAAAAGAGUGAAAUGUUCCUUUAAAAAUGUUCCUGUUCAUGCUUCUAUAUAAACCUGGGUAGGAUCGAUCACAGGAUUUUAUUUUAUUUUAUUUUUUUAACCCAAAGAGGGCAGAAGUGAUGCUUUCGAGGAAAUAUAAUUGUGUUAAAAACAUCUGGAGGAGUAUUCCUCUCCAUCACCUCACUGUCACACCUGUCGAUUCCAGCUGUGAGCAAAGCGUGUAAGCGAGUCAGUUGGAGGCAUCGCGGCGCAGCUGUAAAUGCAUCACGGCUGUCUGCUCGCUGAGGCGCGUUCAGGAGCGUUACAGCAGGAGGAAACUUAGAGGCUCGCUGUAGUUCCUUCAUCAAGCGUGGGUGGAGGAUUGGCGCUCGUUUAAUGAACCAGAGAUCGACUGGCUUUCUGUUCAGCUCUUAAAUUGUUCUUUUGCUGAAGAGAAUAACCAGAUUCACGUCCACGUUUCCUGCGUGCUGCUGUGCCGCGGCGUCGGCAGCCGCCUGCCAAGUGAAAGUAAAGUUCUGGGCCACUAAAAUUGGCUCGAAUUCAAUCUUUUAAUUAAAAAAAAAUUGUUGUUUGUAUUUAAGGUGAUGCAAUGCGGCAGGACCUCGCAAUUACAAUAAGAAAUCAAAGCUUUUGGGGAGCUCUGAUUGCUUUUGAAAAGUCUUAAAAUUGUUUUAAGAUAAAUUAUUCAUUUAAAGCUUUUAAAUGUAUUUAAACACAGUAAAUGUUGCUACUUGAUGGCUCCCCUUCACAAUUUCCUGUUGUCUUUUUUCCUGCUCUGCCUGUUGACUUGUACUCGGUCAGGAUCUGACGGGCUCCUUUUGCCAGCAUCGAUUUCUAGUUUUAAUGUAGAAGACUAUAAAUGUGUCUCUCUAAAACCUUUAAGAGCCCGUGGAAAAUAUCGGCCGUGAAGUGCUCCAAGAGCCAGCUGAAAGAUGCUCCCGUGACCCGAUGUUCGUGUCCUCCGUGGAAACGAGUGAGUGUUGGUCCUCCUGUUUUAAUAUUUUUAUUAAAUUUGAUUUGGGGAGGUUGGAGAUGCUUUAUGUAAAUUUAUUUAUUUGUGUUUGGACGAGAGUUGGGUGUCACUUACAGCCGGCAGCUUCUUUAGCAAACCGUACUUCUAUCGGUGGAAAUAAACGUAAAGUUUUCUCAGAAGCUUCGUAGAAACAAAAAUAAUCCAGAGGACAAAUGGACGUGUGCUUCAGGUCGUUAGUGCUGACAUGCACACACAAACCGAGCAUAAAGGAGAUGAAUGGAAGCCUUAAUGUGAAUAGCAGUCGAACGUGAACUCGGAGCAGGCCAGUUCCUUUUCUUCUAUCUUCGCGAGGACUAAUUUCAAUGUUAGCCCAUGAGACUGAGGCUUGGUUUUAAAGUCAGAGUCAGCACAAGGUUGGCCUGUGGGUCAUGGGUCACAGAAUGUACUAUCACAGUCCUCUUCGAGUGUAGAAGUACGCAAACGUGUGCGUGUUUGUGUGUCUGACCGUGUUCCCACCUGCAGUCCGAACAGCCAGUGUUUUAGGGCUUAGAGCAGUCAGCGACGCAGAGUUUUAGUAAAGCAGUGCAGACCAUUUGAAAGUUUGUAGUAUAGUAUAUUUGAUACUCUUGUACCAUGCCUCCACCCGCUGUUUGUAACUGCAGCCAUGUUUGUUUCAACCUUCUUCUUUUUUUUUAAAUGAGAGCCCUGAUGCUUUUUGAAUUCCACCACGUUCUGCACAUUGAUUUGAUACGAGGAGAGAGGAGAGCGUUUUUCGUUCUGUUGCCCACCAGGAUUUUCCUCCCAUCUGCUUCUGUGCUAAACUCCCAGUCCUGUGGGCUUCUGUCGGCCCCCUUCUGCUUGCUUUGCCGCGGGGAGUCCAACCAGCGUGUUUGGUUGACUCCGCAGGCUGCGUCACACUCAGAGCUGUCAGACUCUCUGUGGCUAUGAAAAGGUGUGGAAGAAGCUGCGCCCAGCGAGAGCGGUCAAACAUGGCUGAUUCUUCUCUUCCCAAAUCUCAGAAGCCAUUUCCCCCCUCCUCUCUCUCACUCUCCUCCUUCUCUUACAGCACGUGUAAAUAUCACUGAUUUUUAUUUUCCUCUUUUUACUUCCUAUUACAGAGUUGUUUAUAUCUUAUUUCCCUUCAUCAUGCUGACGAAGCAGUCUUCAGUUUGUGCAUUUUUUUGUAAAUAAGUUUCUUUUUUUCACAAUUCAAAAUGUAAAUACUGCAAAGGAAAAAAAAAUCAGCUUACUCAUUUGUUGGUGAUCUUUCUCUCUCUUUCUCUGUCUCGUAGUCCAGUGAAGAUGGUAAAGUAGCUGUUAACAAUAUCGGUACUCAGCCGUCCUCCAUGUUUGAACCGCCUGACUGUUGAAUGAAUGUUCCAAAAUGUUGUGUUUUUGUUCUCGUUGGGUGGAAAAUAUAAUCGCCUAAAGAUGAUGUUACCUCUGAUGACGUAAAUCUGAAGGACUGAGCCAAGAAAAGACAAGUUGUGCACCUGCCGACCCGCGCUGUCCAAACAGAUCCACCAUGCGUUUCCAGCUUCCUCUUGGCCUUCCACAGUUUUUAAUUGCGCAAUUAACCCCACCCCACAGUAACCAGGAGGACUGAGGACACAAACUCACUCCAACUGCAGUGUGAACUCAGCUGCUGAAACCAGAUCCCAGAUCUCAGAUCCCAGGCUUAAAAUUGUCAGCUUAGAGCUCAAAAACGCCCCAAAGCUUCAGCUUUAAAACUAGAAGAAACCCUCGAGCUUCUAGCUUCAAGCAGAGAUGAGGAGCAGCCCCCCUUUUCCUGACUCCAGGUUUUCUUCAUUUUUCAACUCUUAGUCUUCACUCUCAAACAGUGUUGUGUCAGUUCCAUUAGUCACCGGGACUUCAUGGGAGACUUCACCUGUGCAGGUAGAACUCCCCAAAAUCUGUGACCAGACUUUAUUGUGUGAAAUUGUUCCCUUUACUUCCUCUUGCCCAUAGGUGGUACAGGUGAGACUUUUGUGUCUUUUUUUUUCCUUCCACAUACUUGAUUGUUCUAAUUUUGGGACGGGACUGUGUGUCGUGACGGAUAGCAAUACAUUAUUACUGUGCAGUAUUGAGAAAAAUGACUUGGCUACAGUGCUAAGUUGGACUAGAAAUCACAUGGUAUCCAGCUUGUACUCAACUCGGGCAUUUUGUAUUAUGUGCUGUAUGACAUUGAGAAUUGCUGCUAAUGAUCACAAGAUGUCAGAAGUAGACAUUUGUGUUGUGACUGCGUGUGUGUUUGUGGUCAGGCAACGUGGAAAAUGACAGCUUAAAUUGAAUCUCAGAAAUUGUUCUCUUGUUUGUGCUCUUAGAUUCUCUGAAAACUCAGUUGUGUGUUAUUAUUACCUCGCUUAUUUUAACUGAGGGAGAUUCUUGUAUCUCUAUGAGUUCAUAUGUCGAUUUUAUUUAAUUUGUACUUGUAAUGCUGUUAACUUUGGUGUCAUUCUGUCCUGGUAGACUGAUGUGGUGGAGGCCCAGAUGGAGAAAGAGAGAGAAAGAAACACAAAACAGUCUGUCUCUGUUCAGUGUGUGUAUGAUAUGGACUCAUUUACUGUAAUAAAGUGAUGAAACUGUGUUUA